UGUUCUCUAAUCAACACACACAAGAAGCUUGCUAGAGUUAAGAUGGCGGCAUGUUGGUGAGGAGGCUGUGCUCUAAACUCGAGUUUUCUCACCAUUAAACGAUUCCUAUGAAUCCGAAAAUAGACAGUAGUCGAAAGAACAACAACUACUAUAUCUUUCGCACGCCUGCGUGUGAUUUAGGAUUGCCCCCAUGACAUCUAUACACUUCGUGGUUCACCCGUUGCCCGGGACUGAGGAUCAGCUCAAUGACAGGCUCCGUGAAGUUUCAGAGAAACUAAACAAAUAUAGUUUCAUCAGUCAUCCACAUCUUAACCUCCUGGAGCAGGCCACAUUGAAACAAUGUGUUGUUGGGCCAAACCAUGCUGGGUUUCUUCUCGAGGAUGGACGUGUGUGUAGAAUCAGCUUUGCUGUUCAGCCUGAUCGCCUGGAGCUGAGUAAACCGGAGGGCGGUGAUGGUUCAAAGUUGAGCACUGGUUCAGGGACAGGAAGGAGCUCCAGGCCAGGCAGGACUAGUGAUCCUCCCUGGUUUCUGUCUGGUUCUGACACACUGGGCAGACUGGCAGGCAACACCCUUGGGAGUCGCUGGAGCUCUGGUGUAAAUGGAGGCAGUGGUGGAGGUGGAAGUGGUGGUUCAGCAGGAGGGGGUGGAACAGCUGGGGGUGCCAGUGGGAGUGGAGGAGGGGGUGGAGGAGGAGGAGGUGGAGGAGGGGGCGGAGGUGGAGGAGGGGGUGGAGGUGGAAGUGGCAGUGGAGGCACUUCUGGCAGGUCAUCAACGGCAGCUCGUGACUCCCGCCGGCAGACCAGGGUGAUCCGCACUGGAAGAGAUCGGGGAUCAGGUCUUCUUGGUAGCCAGCCUCAACCAGUCAUACCAGCCUCAGUCAUCCCUGAAGAACUCAUAUCCCAGGCCCAAGUAGUCCUUCAGGGGAAAUCGAGGAGUGUGAUCAUUCGGGAACUCCAGAGAACCAACUUGGACGUCAACCUGGCUGUCAACAACCUGCUGAGCAGAGAUGAUGAAGAUGGAGAUGAUGGAGAUGAUACAGCCAGCGAGUCAUACCUCCCUGGAGCAGAGGACCUGAUGUCCUUAUUGGAUGCAGACAUUCACUCAGCCCACCCCAGUGUGAUUAUUGAUGCAGAUGCUAUGUUCUCUGAGGACAUAAGUUACUAUGGAUACCCCUCUUUUCGGCGAUCCUCUCUGUCCCGCCUAGGAUCAUCCAGAGUUCUCCUUCUUCCCUUAGAGCGCGACUCUGAGCUGUUGCGUGAACGCGAGUCUGUGCUGAGAUUACGUGAGCGCCGAUGGCUGGAUGGUGCCUCGUUCGACACAGAGAGAGGAUCCACUAGCCGUGAUGGAGAACCCUGCUUGGACAAGAAGAGCAUCCCAGUUCAGAGCCCCGUUUCCCUUGGAGAGGAGCUGCAAUGGUGGCCUGACAAGGAUGGUGUGAAAUUUGUCAGCAUUGGGGCCAUGUUCUCUGAGUUGGUGGCUGUCAGCUCUAAGGGAGAACUUUAUCAAUGGAAAUGGAAUGAACCAGAGCCCUACAGGAAUGCCCAGAACCCUUCCAUUCAUCAUCCACGUGUGUCUUUCCUGGGGCUGGCCAACGAGAGGAUCACCUUAUUGUCAGCCAAUAGUAUCAGAGCCACUGUAGCAACAGAGACCAACAAGGUGGCAACUUGGGUUGAUGACACACUAAGUACAGUUGCCGCUAAGCUUGAGCACACUGCCCAAGCUUUUCCUGAACUUCAGGGAGAGCGAAUGGUGUCCCUCUACUGCUGUGCACUCUACACUUGUGCACAGUUAGAGAAUGGCCUCUACUGGUGGGGUGUUGUGCCUUUUAGUCAACGGAAGAAAAUGCUUGAAAAGGCCAGGGCCAAGAAUAAAAAGCCUAAGUCUAGUGCUGGCAUUUCCUCAAUACCCAACAUCACUGUGGGAACCCAAGUAUGCUUGAGAAAUAACCCUCUCUACCAUGCUGGGGCAGUGGCCUUUUCAGUAAAUGCAGGGAUUCCCAAAGUUGGUGUCCUAUUGGAGUCUGUGUGGAACAUGAAUGACAGCUGCAGGUUUCAGCUGCGCUCGCCAGAGAGCCUAAAGAACAUGGAGAAGACCACUAAAACCCAAGAAACAAAGCCUGAAAGCAAGUCAGAGUUGGUGAAGACUGAGAUGGGCCCUCCUCCUUCUCCAGCUUCCACAUGCAGCGAUACCUCAUCCAUUGCAAGCAGUGCUUCACUGCCAUACAAGCGAAGGCGCUCCACCCCAGCCCCAAAGGAAGAGGAAAAAGUGAAUGAAGAACAAUGGCCUCUUCGUGAGGUGGUGUUUGUAGAAGACGUUAAAAACGUCCCUGUGGGAAAGGUGCUGAAAGUAGAUGGUGCAUAUGUUGCGGUGAAGUUUCCAGGGACAACUUGCAGUGUGAGCAACCAGAGCGCUACUGCCCCCCCAGACUCAGACCCAUCUUCAUUGCUCCAGGACUGUAGGCUCCUCAGAAUAGAUGAGCUGCAGGUGGUCAAAACUGGGGGAACUCCAAAGGUUCCUGACUGUUUUCAGCGCACACCCAAAAAGCUCUGUAUCCCAGAAAAGGCAGAGAUCCUGGCUGUUAAUGUUGAUUCCAAAGGAGUCCAUGCAGUACUCAAAACUGGAAAUUGGGUUAGGUACUGUAUCUUUGACUUGGCCACUGGCAAAGCUGAGCAGGAGAACAACUUUCCGACGAGCAACAUGGCUUUCCUAGGACAGAAUGAGCGUAAUGUGGCCAUCUUCACUGCAGGACAGGAAUCUCCCAUUAUUCUUCGAGAUGGAAAUGGCACCAUUUACCCAAUGGCCAAAGACUGCACGGGUGGAAUUCGGGAUCCCGAUUGGCUCGAUCUGCCACCUAUAAAUAGUCUGGGAAUGGGUGUGCACUCUCUUGCCAAUCUUCCCUCGAACUCCACCAUUAAAAAGAAAGCUGCUAUUAUCAUUAUGGCUGUUGAGAAGCAGACGCUGAUGCAACAUGUUUUGCGAUGUGACUAUGAAGCAUGUCGGCAGUAUCUGGUGAACCUUGAACAGGCCUUUCUGUUGGAUCAGGGCAGCCAUGCUCUCAGUGCACUACUUGGCCACCGUUGUGAUGGAAAUCGCAACAUUCUGCAUGCUGCUGUAUCUGUAUGCUUCCCUGUUAGUAACAAGGAAACCAAAGAAGAGGAGGGUAAGCCCGAGGCUGAAAGGUCAGAACGAAACACAUUUGCAGAGCGCUUAUCUGCUGUAGAGGCUAUUGCAAAUGCCAUCUCUGUUGUCUCCAGCAACAGCUCUGGAAAUAGGACUGGCUCCUCUAGUAGUAGAGGGCUUCGACUGAGAGAAAUGAUGCGGCGCUCUCUCAGGGCUGCCGGCCUUGGCCGUCAUGAGUCUGGUCCAUCCUCCAGUGACCACCAGGACCCUGUGUCGCCACCAAUUGCUCCACCAAGUUGGGUCCCUGAUCCGCCGCCCAUGGACCCUGAGGGUGACAUUGACUUCAUUUUAGCACCACCUAUGGGUUCACUAACCACAGCCCCCACCGGGACCAGCCAGGGCCCGAGCACUUCUACCAUACCAGCAGGACCAUCCACAGAGCCAUCUGUUAUUGAAUCGAAGGACAGGAAGGCCAAUGCCCAUCUUAUACUGAAGCUGAUGUGUGACAGUGUUGUUCUAAGACCACAUCUGCGUGAGCUACUGUCUGCCAAGGAUGCACGUGGAAUGACCCCCUUCAUGCUGGCAGUCAGUGGAAGGGCCUACCCAGCAGCCAUUACUGUUUUGGAGGCAGCACAAAAGAUGGCCAAAGGCGACCCAGGCAUUGCAGAAAAGGAGGACUCAGACUCUGUUUUCAUGGAAAUGAUUUGCCCCCUGGGAACUAACCCUGACGAUUCCCCCCUUUAUGUCCUCUGCUGCAAUGACACAUGCAGUUUUACUUGGACUGGAGCCGAGCACAUUAAUCAGGACAUUUUUGAGUGUCGGACGUGCGGGUUACUUGAGUCUCUUUGCUGCUGCACUGAGUGUGCCAGAGUGUGUCACAAAGGACACGACUGCAAGCUCAAAAGGACCUCUCCCACGGCAUAUUGCGAUUGCUGGGAGAAAUGCAAGUGUAAAACACUGAUUGCUGGACAAAAGGCUGCUCGCCUGGAUUUGCUGUACAGGUUGCUCACUACCACUAAUUUAGUUACUGCACCAAACAGCAGGGGUGAGCAUAUAUUACUCUUCCUAGUGCAAACUGUUGCCAGGCAAAGUGUUGAGCACUGUCAGUACAGGCCACCGCGCAUCCGAGAGGACAGAAAUCGCAAGGCAGCAAGUGCAGAUGAUUCUGAUAUGCCAGAUCAUGACCUGGAGCCUCCUCGCUUUGCUCAAUUGGCUCUGGAGAGGGUUCUGCAGGACUGGAAUGCCCUUAAGUCCAUGAUCAUGUUUGGUUCGCAAGAGAAUAAAGACCCUCUUAGCGCCAGCAGCAGAAUUGCCCAUCUCCUUCCUGAAGAGCAGGUCUAUUUGAAUCAGCAGAGUGGCACCAUUCGUCUUGACUGUUUUACCCACUGCCUCAUUGUCAAGUGUGCUCCUGACAUCACUUUCAUAGACACUUUACUUGGCACACUGGUGAAGGAGCUCCAGAACAAGUACACUCCUGGUCGAAGAGAGGAGGCGGUCAAUGUCACGAGGAGAUUUCUACGCUCUGUAUCACGAGUAUUUGUAAUUCUCAGUGUGGAGAUGGCCUCAUCCAAGAAGAAAAACAACUUCAUCCCCCAACCUAUUGGUAAAUGCCGUCGUGUUUUCCAAGCGCUUCUACCCUAUGCUGUGGAGGAACUCUGUAAUGUGGCAGAGUCACUAAUUGUUCCAGUGCGAAUGGGCAUCGCAAGACCUACAGCCCCAUUUACUUUGGCUAGUACAAGUAUUGAUGCCGUCCAGGGCAGUGAGGAGCUGUUUUCUGUUGAACCACUUCCUCCGAGACCUUCACCCGAUCAAUCUAGCAACUCUAGCCAGACUACGGCUUCCUAUAUUAUUAGGAACCCCCAACCACGGCAUAGCAGCCAGUCUCAGCCUGUCAGAGGCAGGGAUGAGGAACAGGAUGACAUCGUUUCUGCAGAUGUGGAAGAGGUUGAAGUCGUUGAAGGAGUAGCAGGUGAAGAAGACCAUCAUGAUGAUCAAGAAGAACAAGGAGAGGAAAAUGCGGAGGCAGAAGGACAACAUGAUGAGCAUGAUGAAGAUGGGAGUGACAUGGAGCUUGAUCUUCUCGCAGCGGCUGAAACGGAGAGCGACAGUGAAAGUAAUCAUAGCAAUCAGGAUAAUGCUAGUGGCCGUAGGAGUGUUGUCACAGCAGCCACAGCUGGCUCUGAAGCAGGUGCAAGCAGUGUGCCUGCCUUCUUUUCAGAGGAUGACUCCCAGUCCAAUGACUCCAGUGACUCAGACAGCAGCAGUAGUCAGAGUGACGAUGUUGACCAAGAGACAUUUCUAUUUGAUGAGCCUCUGGAAAGGACAACUAAUGCAUCCCAUGCCAACAGUGCAGCUCAGGCUCCUCGAUCCAUGCAGUGGGCUGUUAGAAAUACCCCCAGCCAAAGGGCUACUGGAAGUGCCGCACCCAGCUCCUCAACAUCAGCUGCGAGCUCCACUGGACUCAUAUAUAUCGACCCAACCAACUUGCGUCGCUCAAGUGCAAUCAGCUCCAGCGCUGCUGCAGCAGCGGCAGCUCUGGAGGCCAGCAACACCAGUAGCUAUUUGACAUCUGCUAGCAGCCUCGCCCGGGCCUACAGCAUUGUCAUUAGGCAGAUCUCAGAUCUAAUGAGUUUGAUUCCAAAGUACAACCAUCUUGUCUACUCGCAGUAUCCUGCCUCUGUGAAGCUAACCUAUCAGGAUGCGGUCAACCUGCAGAACUACGUUGAGGAAAAGUUGAUUCCCACCUGGAAUUGGAUGGUGUCCAUCAUGGAUUCCACCGAGGCACAGUUGAGAUAUGGCUCAGCUUUGUCAUCUGCUGGAGACCCGGGUCACCCCAGUCAUCCGCUCCAUGCCUCUCAACAUUCCGCUAGGCGGGAACGCAUGACUGCUCGAGAGGAAGCCAACCUCCGCACGCUUGAGGGCCGCAGGAGAGCAGCCACUCUGUUGACAGCUCGCCAGGGCAUGUCUGCACGUGGCGACUUCUUGAACUAUGCCCUGUCACUCAUGCGCUCCCACAAUGAUGAGCACUCGGAUGUGCUUCCUGUGGUGGAUGUCUGCUCGCUGAAACACGUGGCAUAUGUUUUCCAGGCGCUUAUCUACUGGAUUAAGGCCAUGAACCAGCAGACCACUCUAGAGACCCCACAGAUUGAUAGAAAGAGGAAUAGAGAGAUUUUAGAAUUGGGUUUGGACAAUGAGGACUCUGAACAUGAAAAUGAUGAGGACACCAAUCAAAGUUCAAAUUUACAGGACAAGGAUGAAGAAGCUGUUCCUGCUGAGACCGGUCAGAAUCAUCCUUUCUUCCGUCGCUCGGAUUCAAUGACCUUCUUGGGAUGUAUCCCACCUAACCCAUUCGACGUUCCCUUGGCUGAGGCUAUUCCAUUGGCAGACCAACCUCACCUCUUGCAGCCUAAUGCAAGGAAGGAGGAUCUGUUCGGGCGACCCUCUCAAGGCUUGUACUCCUCCUCCUCUUCCAUGGUAACCAAAGGUCUGGCUGAGGCAAACGUGGACAGAAACUGCCUGGAGGUAAACUUGGGCACCUCUCUACCCUCCCCCUCUCAGGUCCUGCCCACUAAGAUGUCUUACUCAGCCAACCUGAAGAAUGUGAUGAGUAUGGAGACUGCUCAGCCGACUUCUGAGAACCAGUCACUUCCAGACCAGGAGCUGGAAGCCUCAAAAGGUGGCCCUUCACCCCACGACCUUGCUGCUCAGCUAAAGAGCUGCCUGCUUGCUGAGAUCGGCCUCACUGAAAGUGAUGGGCCGCCUCUUCCGUCAUUCAGACCUCAUUGUAGCUUCAUGGGGAUGAUGAUUUCACAUGACAUGUUGCUUGGACGCUGGCGUCUGUCACUGGAACUGUUUGGUCGUGUCUUCAUGGAGGAUGUUGGGGCUGAGCCUGGAUCGAUUCUCACUGAGCUCGGUGGCUUUGAGGUAAAGGAGUCAAAGUUCCGCCGAGAGAUGGAGAAGCUAAGGAACCUGCAGUCCCGAGACUUGGCGUUGGAAGUUGAUCGGGAUCGAGACCAGUUAAUACAACAGACCAUGCGUCAGUUGAACACUCACUUUGGCAGGAGGUGCACAACCACACCAAUGGCUGUACACCGAGUAAAGGUCACGUUCAAAGAUGAGCCGGGCGAGGGCAGUGGCGUAGCCCGUAGCUUCUACACCGCUAUCGCGCUGGCACUCCUCUCCAAUGACAAGCUGCCCAAUUUGGACUGCGUGCAAAGUGUCAGCAAGGGCAUGCAGGCCAGCAGUACGUGUCAUCACGAUUACAAUUCAAAUCUAAUGCAGCGUUUAAGAAACAGAGAUCGGGAAAGAGAGAGGAGAAGUGGAGGUCUACGAGCGGGCUCCAGGAGAGACCGGGACAGAGACUCUAGGAGACAACUAUCCAUAGACACCAGGCCGUUCAGACCAUCAUCAGAGGGCAACCCAAAUGAUGAGCCUGACCCACUGCCUGCCCAUAGACAAGCUUUAGGAGAAAGACUUUACCCACGUGUUCAUGCAAUGCAACCGGCCUUUGCCAGUAAAAUCACAGGCAUGUUGCUGGAAUUGUCCCCUGCACAACUUCUGCUGCUGCUGGCCAGUGAAGAUUCUCUCAGAGCCAGAGUAGAAGAGGCUAUGGAGCUGCUCAUUGCACAUGGAAGGGAAAAUGGUGCCGACAGUAUAUUGGACCUGGGACUUUUGGAGGCUCCAGAGAAAGCACAGCAACAGGAUAACCGAAAGCGCCAUGGUUCAACACGUAGUGUGGUGGACAUGGAGCUUGAUGACCCUGACGAUGGGGAUGACAACGCUCCACUCUUUUACCAGCCGGGAAAACGAGGCUUCUACUCGCCUCGGCCUGGAAAGAACACAGAGGCCAGACUCAACUGUUUUCGUAACAUCGGCAGGAUACUGGGGUUAUGUCUCCUCCAAAAUGAACUCUGUCCAAUAACGUUGAACAGACAUGUGAUCAAGGUCUUGCUUGGGCGCAAGGUGAACUGGCAUGAUUUUGCAUUCUUUGACCCGGUAAUGUAUGAGAGUCUGAGGCAGCUGAUCCGCCAUUCGCUAGCAGGUGAAGCGGAAGCCGUUUUUGCUGCAAUGGAUUUGGCCUUUGCCAUUGACCUUUGCAAAGAGGAAGGGACUGGACAGGUGGAGCUUCUCUCUGGUGGAGUCAACAUGCCAGUAACUCCCCUCAAUGUGUACGAAUAUGUGCGGAAGUACGCAGAGCACAGAAUGUUGGUUGUGGCUGAACAGCCGCUCCAUGCGAUGAGGAAGGGUUUGCUGGAUGUUCUUCCGAAGAACGCCCUGGAAGAUCUGACUGCUGAGGACUUUCGUUUGCUUGUCAAUGGUUGCGGAGAGGUCAACGUGCAAAUGCUCAUUAGCUUCACCUCCUUCAAUGACGAGUCUGGGGAGAAUGCAGACAAACUACUGCAGUUUAAGCGGUGGUUCUGGUCAAUAGUGGAGAAGAUGAGCAUGACAGAGAGGCAAGAUUUGGUAUACUUCUGGACCUCCAGUCCAUCCUUGCCAGCCAGUGAAGAAGGCUUUCAGCCAAUGCCCUCCAUUACCAUUCGGCCUCCAGACGACCAGCACCUCCCCACAGCCAAUACCUGCAUCUCGCGCCUCUAUGUGCCACUCUAUUCUUCAAAACAGAUACUCAAACAGAAGCUCCUGUUAGCCAUUAAGACCAAGAACUUUGGUUUUGUGUAGUUAUACAAAAAAAGAGUUACAAAAAAAAGUAAAACAUGUUUACUGUUGUGUAAUAUUUACUUAGCUCCAUUUUGUAGAUUUAUUUUUUGUCUAUACAAUUUUAUUAAAAUUCGACAUACUGUCGCUAUCUCCCCAGAAAAUAUUUGUGUUGUGAACACCAACUUAUUUUUUUUUUCAAUUUUUAUUGUUUUUUUUCUUUGUGUUAAAAUUAAAUGAAAAAGAUGUAUACAGUCCAGAACAUUCCUGCAUUGGCACUGUAAAAUGUUAAGCCCACAGCUCUACUCUAUUAGCCAAAACGUUUGCUUCCCAGGAAUUGAGUCUGACAGAAAUCUGUUUGCCGAAACCCAGCCAAAGAUAAUGGCAGUAGAGGUAUUUAAAAGAAAAAAAAAAAGACACUGUGAUAAUAAUUUUCCUUCCCAAGAAAAGUGCUAUCACUGAUAGUUCACUGCUGCCUUUGUUUUUUUUCUUGUACAGGGGGAGUAGGGAAUUUCAAAAUAAACUUGGAUGCAAAACGUU